AUGUCAGCAAUUGUUUGUUCAGCUCCACAUUGUGGUAAAGAAACUAUAUCUCAAUUAAAAUGUCCUAUAUGUUUAAAAGAUGGUAUAUCUAAUGUAUUUUGUAAUCAAGAUUGUUUUAGAUCUUCUUGGUCUAUACAUAAAUCAAUUCAUAAAUCAGAUGAUGGUUCAACAGAUUAUAAUCCAUUUCCAAAUUUUAAUUAUACUGGUGAUUUAAGACCUCAUUAUCCUUUAAGUCCAAGAAGAUCUGUUCCCAAACAUAUUAAAUUACCAGAUUAUGCUAAAAACGGGAAACCUAUAAGUGAAAUUAAACAAGAUAGAUUAGGUAAAAUACCAGUAUUAACGGCAAAAGAAAUUGAAAAAGUCAAAAAAACUUGUAAAAUGGCAAGAGAAAUUUUAGAUAUAACUGCUUCUCAUAUAAAACCCGGUAUUACAACUGAUGAAAUUGAUGAAAUUUUACAUAAAGAAUGUAUUAAAAGAAAUGCUUAUCCUUCUCCUUUAAAUUAUUAUAAUUUCCCAAAAUCUUUAUGUACUUCUAUAAAUGAAGUUAUAUGUCAUGGUAUACCUGAUAAAAGAAAAUUACAAGACGGUGAUAUUAUAAAUUUAGAUGUUACUAUAUAUUAUUUAGGAUUCCAUGCUGAUUUAAAUGAAACUUAUUAUGUUGGUGAUAAAGCUAAAUGUAAUCCUGAACUUGUUAACUUGGUGGAAACUACAAGAGAAUGUUUAGAUUUAGCUAUAAAAGCUGUUAAACCUGGUUUAGCAUUUAGAGAAUUGGGUAAUAUAAUUGAAAAACAUGCAAACGAAAAUAAUUGUUCAGUUGUACGUACUUAUUGUGGUCAUGGUUGUGGUGUUUUAUUUCAUUGUCAACCGAAUAUACCUCAUUAUUCAAAAAAUAAAGCAAUUGGAAUUGCAAAACCGGGUCAAGUUUUUACAAUUGAACCAAUGUUAAAUAUAGGUACUUAUAAAGAUUUAUCUUGGCCGGAUAAAUGGACUGCUGUUACUCAAGAUGGUAAAUUUUCAGCACAAUUUGAGCAAAUGUUAUUAGUUACAGAGGAGGGUGUUGAAAUUUUGACUGCAAGAAAUGAAAAUUCACCUGGUGGUCCAAUUCCUAGAAUUAGUGAAAAUGGAAAUUAG